GAUCCAAAUUUCUUGAAAAUUAGUAUGGCCUGUGGUCGGAUUGAGCAGUGGUGCACAGAUAAUCUCCCAGAAUUGAAUGAUUACAACUCCAAAUUCUCAGGAUUACUAAGUCAAGAAAAUGACAU